AUGGCACUUACUGGCAAGGAACUCGGUACAGAUGUUGGGCAAUGGCUGGACCAAGUGUCGCCGCUGGCGCUAUUAGCAGUCUCCGUUGCCAUCGGCAGCACGCACUAUCGUACGGAAGUUUACGCUUCCUCCCAUGGCGGAGCCGGCACGGGCCGGUCGCCCAGAAGAUGGCAUACAACGGCCUGGGGCGAUCGCCCCGUCCUUCUGUUGCUCGGCAUUAGGUUGGGCAUCGAAGGAGUGAAUCCGACUCAUUAUGAGACCAUUACGCAAUUGUAUACAUUCCCGCAAUAUGUAGGCAUCGCUGGCGGUAGGCCAAUCCCUUCCUACUACUUCGUCGGGUCGCAGGCAGACAGUCCGUUCUACCUCGAUCCGCACAAUACCUGGUCUGCAAUUCCUCUACGGCCGCCACCUCCACAGGCGAUCCUCGAGGAUCGUCGAGCUGAUGUACGAACCAUUUUUCGUUGA